UGGCUGUUUUUGUUUUUUUUUGUGCACUCAGAGACUCCACCGCUGUCGUGCGUUAAAGUGAAACAGCCCUUUAAUGAGAGCAGUGUCUCUCCACCCUUUGCAGCUUCUCGUGCUCUGUUUUGUUUUUUUGUUUUUUUUUUUGCCCACUGUUUAUCGUGCAAGAUAGAGGAGAGACAGACCGGAGGAGGAAGAGUGAAAGAGAGAGAGAGAGAGAGGGAGAGAGAGCAGCAUGACCAGGGAGUGAGGAGGGAGGAGGUGGCAGACUGCUAGAUGAUCAUAUUCUAUUUUUUUUUCUCAUCUGUCAUGCAAACCACUGGUGACUUUCCCAGUAAUGACAGUGUGACUGAGUCGGGUUUAAGGAGCCUCUCCUACAGCGUUCUUCUUUCUCAACCUGCAGGAUCUUCCCACUCAGAUUAUGACCGCUGUUGUGACUUUAGCCUCUGGGCCUUUCCUUCAACCAUUUCCAACUGUGUGAAGAAAAGUGAAAAGAAAUUUUAAUGUAUCAGUAUUCGCUAGCCGACGCCAUGACGGACAACUUGAGGAUUUUAUAAUUCUCUCCGGAGGAAGAGCGUCGCGUCUUGUAAGGAGCCACAGAGGAAACUUUACAGUUCCAAAGUUGUCAGAGUCUAAUAUGGGAUUUGGCGUGCUGGGAGUUUUCCUGGGGCUGCUGCUGGAGGUCUCUACCCACGGACCCCAUGCUGUGCCCAGAACUUCCUGGAGACACCAAGAUUUAGAUCUGAUGGAGUUUUCAGAGCCUGGGAUCUUCAACUACUCUACGUUGUUGCUGAAUGAGAAGAGGGAUGCACUGUAUGUGGGAGCCAGGGAGGCCAUCUUUGAGCUCAGCAAGAAGAAUGUGACUGUCAGAAACAACAAGGUUGAAUGGACAGUUGCAGAAAGCCCCAUGAUGAUGUGCACACUUAAAGGAAAAUCAAAAGAGAGGGAUUGUCUAAACUACAUUCGAGUGCUCCAACUCGUAGACGACGAGCAGCUGUAUGUCUGUGGCACAUAUGCCUUUCAACCUCAGUGUGAUUACUUGAACCUUGCUGACUUUUCAUUGAAUGGCCGACCUGAAGAUGGCAGGGGAAAAUGCUCCUUUGACCCCUCACAAAGCUUUACCACUGUCAUGGUUGAUGGAGCGCUGUACUCAGGAACAGCUUAUAACUUCUUAGGCAGUGAACCAAUCAUUUCCAGAUACUCUCCACACCAGUCCCUGUUAAGGACAGAGUACUCCACAUCAUGGCUCAAUGAGCCCAGUUUUGUUUAUGCCGACGUAAUCAGAGAAGGGAGAAACAGAGCAUAUGGUGAGGACGACAAAAUCUAUUACUUCUUCACGGAGGUGUCAGUGGAGUACGAAUUUUUUGGCAAGCUGCUCAUCCCCAGGGUGGCGCGCGUCUGUAAGGGCGACCUUGGGGGGCAGCGCACUCUGCAAAAGAAAUGGACAUCCUUUCUAAAAGCCAAACUUGUGUGCUCCAUGCCUGAGCUCAACUUUGUCUUCAACGUCGUGCACGAUGUCUUCAUCCUGAAGGAGUCAGACUGGAGGGACACCGUCAUCUACGGCGUCUUUACCUCCCAGUGGGGUAAUGUGGGCCUGUCAGCUGUGUGUGCCUAUAACAUGACUGCAGUGGAAGAUGUCUUCUCCAAGGGCAAGUACAUGCAGAAGGCCACAGUGGAGCAGUCCCACACUAAGUGGGUGCGGUACAAUGGCAUCACUCCUUCCCCACGUCCUGGAGCAUGUAUUAACAACGUGAUGCGACAACAGAACAUUACCAGCUCUCUCCACCUGCCAGACAAGACCCUUCAGUUUGUUAAGGACCACCCCCUGCUGGAGGAUCCCAUCCUGCCCAUCGGCAACGGGCCUCGCCUCAUCACCAAAGACGUCAACUACACUCAGAUCGUUGUAGAGAGGGUCCGAGCGCUCGACGGGAACAUUUAUGAUGUGAUCUUCACUGGAACAGAUAAGGGAGUCCUGCACAAGUCAGUGGUGUUUGAAGGAGACGUUCACAUUGUGGAAGAGAUCCAGCUCCUGAAGAACCAAGAGCCCAUCAAGAACUUACUGCUGUCCUCAGAGACACGAUCCCUGUAUGCCGGCUCAGACUGGGGCGUCGUCCAGUCACCCACAGCCUUCUGCAGCAGGUAUCCGUCCUGCAGCGACUGUGUCCUGGCACGAGACCCCCACUGCGCCUGGGACCGUCACACCUCUGCCUGCGUCAAUAUCCUUGAUGCUCCCAACCAACGAUCCAGGAAGUUAAUCCAGAACCUGAAUGGUGACGCAGACAAGUGUCCUACAGUGCCAGGUCUGUCUCUGAAGGACUACCAGCAUGUGACAGUGAAACCGGGGAGCUCUGUUGAGCUGCCGUGCCUGGUACACUCCAACCUAGCCCAGGUGAUGUGGAAAUCCAACAGCUCGGUUCUCACCGAGGCCUCUCGCUUCCACCUCAUAGGCGAAAAUGGUCUCCUUAUUUACAGCGUGGCUCCAGAGGAUCAAGGUCACUACGAGUGCUGGUCUGUGGAAUGGGCCCCCGCCGUCGGAAAGAACUUCAGCCGCCUCCUGGCCGGAUACAUCCUCAGUCUGGAUCUCCCGCCCAGACCGCCACAGCAGGCGGGUCACGUGACCACCACCCUCAGCAACCAGGAGACAUCUAGCACACAUACCGCUGAAGGUAAUGUUGAGACAGACAGAGACCCACUAACUUCAGCCCUUGCCCCUCCCAGCUUCACAGCCACAGUCCUGUUCACCUCCCCACCCCAGACUGACUCAUCACUAACCCCACCCCCCAGCAGCACAAUCAAAUUCCAGCCAAAACAUCUUCCAAGCUCCAAUGCUCCCCGCCCAGACAGCCGGGACCCAGCAGCCGAGUAUUUGCAGCACAACAACAGCAUUGCCCUCCUCUUCCUCUUCCUCCUGUUCUUCCUCCUCUUCUUGGCUGCACUGGCCUACAACUGCUACAUGCAGUACCUCCCGGCUCCCUGCCUGCGCAUGCGAGCCGCUCUGCUGGGCAGUCACAAGAGCACCCAUCAGCCCGAGUACCGGGCCUGUGAGGCAGGUCUGAUGGAAGCACCGGCAAGCGACAAAAUCAACAUGACGGAGCAGCCAACGCAGAACGGCAGCCAAACCACCCAAAACCUGCGGGCGCUCCGCGACACCGGGUACGAGACCGAGCCGGAGUGCGGCAACGGCCGGAUCCCUUCUCACAGCUUCGGGGACGACAGCCCGUCCCAGGAGAAACCCUUCGAUGUGGACUGUGAAUCUCAGCCCAUCCAGUUCGCAGACGCAGAUUAACCUUACUGCUAGUCACAAGCCUCUGAUCUGCUUCUGUCUCUCAGCACAGAGACGAUUUAUAAGGGGGUCACGCUCUUGCUUCGUAUUCCCACGACUUGCAAGUCUAAGUGGCGUCCUCUAUAUGGAAGUACAUUCAGUGUACAGCAUCGAGUGGUUUAAUCAUUACGAGGCUUAAGUCAGGCGUCCCACCUGCCUGUAGAGAUUUAACUCCUGCUGUCUGAUUUAGGGCUUUUGAUGUUAAAGCAAAACUGUACUCAUGAAAGCUGCACCCUCUUAGGCUUAGUCCAGCAAGUAAAGCUAUUCCUUAAAUUCCAAACUGGAAACAUUGUUUACCAAAUUGGUAAGUUACUGUGAUGUUUUCCAAAUUGGAAUCAUGUUUUUGUACAGCCUGGGUGGAUCUCUUAAAGCUUUUUGCGUCUUUUUUUUUCUUUUUCAAAGCAAUGUGUUGGCUAUUGGACUUGGGUAAAUGCUUCAACAUUACAGUGAUUUCUCAGGGAAGAUUUGCUCAGUACGUUGUAGCCUUGCGUUGUUGUACAGUGUUGCCAUCUGCAGCACCUAGUAUGUGGGCCUUAAUCUCACCCAGUGAGGUGGCAGUGUAGGGCUUGAAGGUCAGAAAGAGAGAGAAAAACGUGGAAUAAAUCAAACCACUGUGUUCUGUAGAGUCGUCCUGAAUGACAAUGUCAAAUCUCUGUAUUUUUUUUUUUUUCUCCUCCCUGUGACAUGGACAUUCCUACACGAAUACAACUCUCGAGGUCCUGUGUAUUAACCUCUACUAGUCAACCUCCCUUAUGUGGUUUGUUAACAACAGAAAUAUGUGCAGUGUGACAUCAGUCAUCACUUAUUGUUUUUCUAAAACAGCCCUGGAAACAAUCUGAAGUAUUUUUUAUAUUAUUUUUAUUAAGUCCUCAGUUUUAGAACAUUUGAAGAGAAUUAUUAUUUAAGAUGAGUCACAGCUGUGGUAAUAUCAUUUUGUCCAUUGUGUAAGUAGUUGUAAUUUUCCUCUUUUGUUUUUAUUUCAUUUUAUUUAUUGCAGCAAUUUGGUUUUCAGACCCUAGCCCUCAUUCAUUAGUCUUCCCUUUGUCUGUUUUGCAUGUCCUCCCUGGUUUAGAUUUCCUAUUUUCCUCAACGCUCUCUUUUUUCCACCACUCCCUCCCUCACAGCCUCCUCUCCUGUCGACACUUC